AUGUUAGCUAAUCGUUUUAAGCAAGAUAUUUUUAGAUUUAGCACUUAUAAGUGUGUAGGGUUAACUGUACGGUCACUAUCUAGCCUAAAUAUUUUGGAUCAAAAGAAGAACUUAAGUAACUGUUUAGAGAAUUUGCCCUCAAAGGCAAAAGUAGUAAUAUGUGGGGGUGGAGUUAUGGGCGCGGCUGUAGCUUAUCAUCUAUCAAAACGAGGAUGGGGUGGAGACACAGUGAUCAUAGAAAAAGAAAGAGUAGGUGAAGGAAGUAGGUGGCAUUCUUCCGGUCUUGUUGGAGCAUUUAAGCCAUCUUUAGCUCAAGUAAAAAUUGCUCAAUCGUCAAUACAACUGCUUAAAGAUCUUGAAUCCCAGGGAAAAGAAACUGGUUGGAAACAAUGUGGGUCUUUACUUAUUGCAAGAACAAGAGAUAGAAUGACAGUAUAUCGAAGAAUGAAAAGUCAAUCAGUGUCCUGGGGUAUAUCUUGUGAGCUUGUGAACCCAAAAAAAUGUCAAGAAAUCUGGCCUCUGCUCAAUGUUGAUGAUGUUCUUGGAGGCCUAUGGAUACCAGGGGAUGGAGUGGGUGAUCCAUAUCUUUUUUGUAUGUCACUCAUGGAGGAAGCAAUAAAAAAUGGUGUUGGAGUAAAGGAGGAAUGCUCAAUAACAGCAGUACAUUCUAAAAAUGGGCGUGUCUCUGGAGUUGAAACUACCCAAGGGCCCAUUGAAUGUCAAUAUUUUGUCAAUUGUGCCGGUUUCUGGGCAAGGCAGGUGGGACAGCUUGCAAAGCCUCAAGUAAAAGUUCCAUUGUUGCCAUGUGAACAUUAUUAUUUGCAUACAAAGCAAAUUGGAAAUCUCGACCCAAUGACACCAGUGCUCCGUGAUCCAGAUGGCUAUAUAUAUUUGCGAGAACGAGACGGUUGUAUUUUAGCUGGUGGCUUUGAACCAAUAGCAAAGCCAGUUUAUGAAGAAGAAAUCGAAAAUAGUACACAGCGGUGCUUACCCGAGGACUGGGAUCACUUCCACGUGUUACUCCAGGAACUUUUAAAACGUGUGCCAUCCUUGAAUCAAUCAUUUCUACACAAACUCUGCAAUGGCCUUGAGGCAUUCUCACCAGAUUGCAAAUGGAUUGUUGGUGAAGCACCUGAAAUUUUUAAUUACCACGUGGCGGCUGGUAUGAAGACUGUGGGUAUAUCAGCCGCUGGUGGUGUGGCCGAGGCCACGGUGGAUGAAAUUGUCGAAGGUUAUACUAAGUAUGACAUGUACGAAUUGGACAUCAGCAGAUUCCUUGGCUUACACAAUAAUAAGCGGUUCCUUAGAGAUCGAGUUAAAGAAGCUCCUGGUAUUCACUACGGGUUGCCAUACCCCUUUCAUGAGUUUGAAACCGGGCGAAACCUUCGACUUUCCCCGAUUUACCCCACGCUAAGAGACAAAGGCGCUGUGUUUGGACAAGUUAUGGGCUACGAACGACCGACUUGGUUCGAAUCUGUGGAGAAAGAAGCGGAUAUGCCGCGUCCUUUCAAAAUAGCCCACACAAAAACUUUUGGAAAACCGCAUUGGUUUGAAACAGUACAAAGAGAGUAUUGGGCCUGCAGGGAAGCAAUAGGAUUAGCGGAUUAUUCAUCCUUCACAAAAAUUGAUAUACAGUCGCAGGGCAAUGAAGUGGUUGAUCUCCUACAAUAUUUAUGUUCUAAUGACGUAGACGUCCCGGUGGGUAGUAUAAUACAUACAGGAAUGCAAAAUGAGCGAGGUGGAUAUGAAAACGAUUGCAGUUUAGCGCGCAUAUCGGAAAAUCACUAUAUGAUGAUAGCACCAACAAUACAACAAACUCGAUGUAAAGUAUGGAUGAGACGACACCUACCAGUGAAUGGUUCUGUCACAUUGUCCGACGUCACUUCAAUGUAUACAGCUAUAUGUAUUUUGGGGCCAUUUACAAGGAACCUCCUUUCUGAACUGACGGAUACCGACUUAUCGCCAAGCAAUUUCCCAUUUUUCACGUUCAAAGAAUUGGAUGUCGGACUUGCGAAUGGUGUACGAGCGAUGAAUUUAACGCACACUGGGGAACUCGGUUAUGUACUUUAUAUACCAAAUGAGUUUGCUCUGCAUGUCUAUAAUCGACUAAUAUCACAAGGUGAAAAAUACGGGAUAACUCAUGUAGGAUACUAUGCGGCACGAUCCCUCCGUGUUGAGAAAUUUUUUGCAUUUUGGGGUCAAGAUUUGGACACUAUGACGACACCGCUUGAGUGCGGUCGCACUUGGAGGGUCAAGUUUGAUAAAGAUAUACCGUUUAUUGGUCGUGAAGCAUUGCUAAAACAACGGGAGAUGGGCGUAACACGACAAUACGUUCAACUUCUUUUAACUGACCAUGAGCAUGAACUAGAUCUCUGGUCAUGGGGUGGAGAACCGAUAUAUAGAGAUGGAAACUAUUGCGGACAAACAACUACGACAAGUUAUGGAUUUACUUUUAAAAAACAGGUGUGCCUCGGUUUCGUUCAAAACUUGGAUAAGGACGGUAUACCAAAGAAAGUUACCAAUGACUACAUAUUAAGUGGACAUUAUGAAAUAGACAUUGCUGGCAUAAGGUACGCUGCAAAAGUAAAUCUACAUUCACCAAACCUACCUACGAAGUAUCCAGACAAAGAGCGAGACGUUUAUCAAGCCACGCGAAAAUUACACGAUCCGACCCAAUUCCUUGGUAGACACUAUCAGCCUUAA